AUGCAACGAUUUGGUACUAAUUGGCCGGUGGAUUGGAUUCAACAAUAUCCUCAGCUGCAGAGUGUUCUGAUUCCGUUUCCCAGUCAAGUGGAGGAUAAGGUCARAUGGCUUGAUAAWAAACUUUCUCGGGUCGAUUUUGAGGUAAAAUUGGCUUGGAAAACUAUCCAAGAGGUGAAGCUGGUUGUGCAUUGGCCUAUUAGGGAUAUGGAAAUACAGACUGCUCUAUUCGAUAUUGGGAGUGACAAGGCACCUGGACCUGAUGGGGAUGUUCUUAUUGCGGUACAUAAUUUCUUCUACUCUGGAAAUUUAGAGUACCAGUUGAAUCAUACUUUACUUUGUCUAGUACCAAAGGUUCCAAAUGCUUCAUGUGUUACUGAUUAUCGUCCCAUUGCCUGUUGUAAUGUUUUGCUGAAAUGUAUCAUUAAAAUUAUUGCUGAUCGGAUGAAAGGCUCUUUGGAUGUUCUUAUUAGCAAGGCUCAAUCUGCGUUCAUCCCUGGACGACAGAUAACUGAUAAUAUUUUUAUGGCGCAUGAGCUUGUAGCUGGUUAUCAAAAACCUCUGUGGGAGCCAAAGUGUGCGUUUAAGAUUGAUAUUCGGAAAGCUUAUGAUACAGUUGACUGGCAGUUUCUUCUAGAGAUGCUAAAGGGAAUGGGAUUUCAUCCACCGGAGGGUUUUUUUCAUGGUAAGCGGGGUCUUAGACAAGGGGAUCCAUUAUCUCCUUACUUGUUCACGGUGGUUAUGGAGGGUUUAUCGUUGCUUCUAAUAAAAUCUAUUGAGGAAGAAGUUAAUUUUGCGUACCGUCAAGGAUGUGCUGAGAUCAAGUUGACCCAUUUAUGUUUUGCGGAUGAUCUGUUUAUAUUUUCCCGGGGGGAUGCUACCUCAGUUGAAGUGAUAAAACGAGCUCUCCAAUUGUUUGAGGAUCGUUCGGGUUUGUCACCGAGUCUUGAAAAAAGUGAAGUGUUUUUCGGGAAUGUGGGGUUGGAUGUUCAAAAUCUUAUUCGCAACUGCUUACCUUUUCGUCCGGGGGUGUUUCCUAUUCGCUACCUUGGAGUUCCUCUCUCUCCAAUUCGUUUAAAGGGCAUAAAUUUUUGGAUUAUCAAGAAGAGGAAUGAAUGGUCAUGGCUUUUCCGGAACCUUUUAGAGUUAAGACCUCAUUGCAGACGAUUCAUAAAUGGUCAUGGCUUUCAUAAUAACUCUACGGUAUAUGAUCUAAUGCAACGGUUUGGCACUAAUUGGCCGGUGGAAUGGAUACAACAAUAUCCCCAGCUGCAAAGUAUUAUGAUACCACGUCCUAGUGAAAUUGAGGAUACGGUCAGAUGGCUUGAUGCUAAACAUUCUCGGGAAAAAUUUGAGGUAGAAGUGGCAUGGCAAACAUUACAAGAAGUGGGGCCGAUUGUGCAUUGGUACAAGAUGGUAUGGAAUAAAGCAUACAUACCUAAACAUGCUCUUUGCAUGUGGAUGGCAUGUCAGAAUAAAUUACCAACCCAAUAUCGCAUUAGUCAGUGGAAACAUGAACCCCCGAAUUUGAAAUGUGUGUUCUGUAAAUUAGUUAUUGAAACGCACAAUCACUUAUUUUUUGAAUGCAACUACUCGAGUAGUAUUUGGGCGGCUAUUAAAAAGGAAGUUGGAUUAAAGAAUUGUCUGAACAAAUGGGAGGAUAUUCUUAAUAGGGUUUAUCACAAAGGUGGAAAUCAUGGUCUACGGUUCAAAAACUUGGUAUAUCGGCUACGGUAUACCAUAUAUGAAGGGAAAGGAACAGAAAGUUCUUUGACAAUUACAACCAUGCUGGAGACAAAGUUGUGGCGGAGAUCAAGGUACAGAUCCUUCAAUGAAUGGCGUGGAAGAUAA